CCUCAGACACCCCAGGGAGCGACAGCGGGACGGGCAACUCCCAGAGCAAGGAUGCGGUCCCUCCUGCCACCCCCCCGGUCCCCCCACCGCCCACGCACUGCUGCGGGACCGGCUGCCCCAACUGCGUCUGGGUCGGGUGGUGCCCAGGUCGUGUCUCGCCUCUCGUCUAUGGGGUAACCUGCCCUUGGGGACAGGCAGCGGCUCACGCGCCUCCUGAGCCCCCGGAUUUCCUGGUAGCCGGAUGCUCCACUCCCCCGGGGAUGGAAAAUCCCCACCAAGGGCAGGCUGGCAUGUCCCCUCCACACCCAGCCCUCCCCACGCCGCUGCUGUUGCGUUGUCCUUGCACUCCCCAGCUUGGAUUUUAAGCUCCUUCAGCAGCUUGGCUGUGACCUGCUGAUUGGGGAGGGCCAGGGUGCUGUGCCGGACCUCCCCGGCCCACCGGACCCCCCUCCCCACCGGCACCAUAAGCCUCUUAGGGGCUGCUCCAUGUGAAGGACUCACAGAGGAGGCUCCGUGGCUGCCGGCCCCUUCCCCAGGCAGGACGUGCGGGCAGCGUGCAGCCCUAAGCACGUGGGGCCCAGCGGUGUCCCGGCAAGGGUACCGUCCCUGGCUCCGUCCCCGGCUCCGUCUGCAAGGUCACACCUGCUGGGCUGUUCUUCAUGGUGCCUUUUCUUCCUCGGUUGCCUUUGCCUCCACCUUAAAACCCUGUAAAUGUGGCCCAGCACAUCCUGCCCGGCUGGGCUGGGGGACUCGGGGGCUCCUGGCCAUCGGGACCCCCGCAGACACCCCCCGUCCUCCCUGGAUGAGCUCCCCAAGGAGCCACGAAGCCCUUGAGUAGCAACUCGCUAACGAAACCCAAACUGGAAGCAGCAGCAAUUAACACCAGAGCCCUGCUCAUUACUGGAGAAGCAGCUGGUUCUGCCAGCUUCAUAGAGAACGCUCCCGGAUCCCUGUAAUCCUAUUUGCUGGAGUACAACUAAUUGCAAUUAGUGGCAGGGGCUGAAGUUCAAUUAAAGUGUACCGAGAUUAUUCCUUUUUGUAAUUGCUUUAGUGCUGGGAUUAAGGGAAGCUUUGCAGUGAUACUGUCCCAGGGACUGUGGUGCCGCCGGGCAGGGGCUGCCCAGCCCCUUUUCUGCCAGAUUUUGGCCUGCGAUGCCCAGGCAGGGCUCAGGCUGUCCCCUGGGUACCGGCACCCGCGGUGGCACCAGCAGGGACCAGGCUUGGAGGACAGGACCCCCAGCCCUUGUUUUUGGGGACAUGCUGUGCCCGGCACCGGGCACAGGCUGAGAGCCCGGCGUGUCCCGGUGGUUUGAGGUGUGUGGGCUCUGCUGCCGGUGUUUGCCGGCACAGCCUGCCUGCAUCACUGCCCAGCCCCCUUGGGGUCAACCCAAAAGGGUGUUUGUGGAGAGCUCGUCCCCGGUCCUGGGUGGGCUGGGGGGUCGUGUCCUUGCCCCUGGGAUGGAGGGGCACUGGGGUGAUCUCUCAGGGAACAGGGGUCCCCCACGAGAGCCCUCCCGUCAGUUUGGGGAGAGGAGGCAGGAUCCCCCCCGCCGGUGAUUUGCUGCCCGUCCUGACACCGUCACUCCCGGCAGCACUAAUCCAGACACCCCCUCCCCAUCCACCCCCCCACACCCCCGUCCCACCGGGGCGGAGCCGGGGGAAGGACGUCAGAUGACCCCUUUGAAAAGAAGGGACAUAAAUAAUCCUAUUACCCCAGAGCAGGAUAAAUCUGCCCUCCCCGAAAAGCCACUCAGAGCAUCUAUAGGACGUGCGCCGGCGGGAGCGGGACGGAGGGUCUCCUGCGGAGCGGCACUGGCCUCGGGGACCACAGCGGCUACGUGUGAGGAGCCAUCCCGUGCCAGCGCCGGACCCCCAGGGACAACCGCGACCCGGGGCAGGCUGCCGGCCCCGGCACAGCCAUGAGCCUGGAACCCCCCACAAAGCCGGAGAUCAAAUCAGCCACCAGGGUGACCGGGGGACCUGCCACCCCCCGGAAGGGACCACCCAAGUUCAAGCAGAGGCAGACGAGGCAGUUCAAAAGCAAGCCCCCCAAAAAGGGGGUGCAGGGGUUCGGCGACGACAUCCCGGGCAUGGAAGGGCUGGGAACAGACAUCACCGUCAUCUGUCCCUGGGAAGCCUUCAGCCACCUGGAGCUCCACGAGCUGGCUCAGUACGGCAUCAUCUAGGCAGACCGUGGCCCCUGCCGCCCCCCAC